AUGGGAAAGCCGAAGGGACUCUGCACGGCUCGCAAACUCAAGACUCAUCGUCAAGAGCAACGAUGGAACGAUAAGAGAUACAAGAAGGCUCACAUCGGAACCCGCUGGAAGUCUAACCCAUUCGGAGGAGCUUCCCACGCCAAGGGAAUCGUUCUUGAGAAGAUCGGUGUUGAGGCUAAGCAGCCUAACUCUGCCAUCCGCAAGUGCGUUCGUGUCCAGCUCAUCAAGAACGGAAAGAAGAUCACCGCCUUCGUCCCAAAUGACGGUUGCUUGAACUUUGUCGAAGAAAACGACGAGGUGCUCGUAUCCGGAUUCGGACGUUCUGGUCACGCCGUCGGAGAUAUUCCCGGAGUUCGUUUCAAGAUCGUUAAGGUUGCCAACACCUCCCUCAUCGCCCUGUUCAAGGGAAAGAAGGAGAGACCACGUUCGUAA